AUGAGAAAUUUGGAAGUUUGGGAGGUGCUUGUAAAAAAUAUCAAUAUUAAAUUAAAUGAAAAAAACUGUUUAUCUUAUAGUUAUGAUGCAGACAAUAAGUGUAAAUUGUUUGUUAUUACUCAUAACCUAGAAGUGCUAAACAUUGAUGAAUUUGGAGCUGUUAAUUGGUCCAAAGAUAUUUCUGAAAUAACAAAUGGAGAAAAUUUUCCAGUAAAGAUUACGUAUAUUUCAUUAUCGAAUCAGAUAUGUGUAGCACUAUCUAAUGGCGAAUUGGUUACAAUCGAUGAAUCUGGGGUUACUUACGAUGUAGUGGGUGUGUUCGAAAAUGGAUUACUGGCAAUGGAAUGGAGUCCAGAUCAAGAUUUACUUGUUUUGGUUACUAAAGAUCUUAAAAUGAUUACAAUGUCAUGUACAUUUGAUCCAAUAAAUGAAGUAGAACUUUUGGAUAAAAACUUUGGUGAAAAACAAUUUAUUAAUGUAGGAUGGGGGAAAAAAGAGACACAGUUUCAUGGAUCAGGUGGAAAACAGGCUGCAAAAGUGAUAAAUGAAGAUGAUGUUGGGCAGAAUAUAAGUUCUGACUCGUCUAUAAAAAUUACAUGGAGAGGUGACGGAAAUUUUUUCGCUGUUGGUUUCCAACUAAAUGGUGUGAGAAGAUUCAAAGUAUUUGAUAGAGAGGGUCAUUUGCAAUACACAAGUGAAUACCAAAUAGGACUUGAAUCAAACCUGUCAUGGCGUCCUUCAGGCAAUCUAAUUGCAACAACACAAAAGGCAAAUGAAAAAUAUUUAGUAGCUUUCUUUGAAAAGAAUGGUUUGAAACAUGGUGAAUUUAUCAUUCCUGUUAAUUCCCAAACAAUUGUUGAAAAUUUACUCUGGAGUUCAGAUUCUGAAAUAUUGACUUUACAGUGCAGAAGUUUGGAGGAUGGUACACAGAAACUGCUUUUGUACACAACAAGCAAUUACCAAUGGUAUCUAAAGCAAAUAUUAAUAUUUCAUGAAUCUAUAAAUAUUAACCAAAUAUUUUGGGAUAGUGAUUUUGACAUUGUGAACAACAAAAAAUUACAUGUUGUCCUAGAUAAUGGUAGACAUUAUAUUUAUUCAUGGAUUUGGAACAUAAAUCAUAGUCGGGGCAAGAAUAGUCAAGAUGAUGCAGUAGUUGCGGUUAUCCAUGGAGAAAAGUUAUUGGUAACAGGUCUAAGGCAGACCGUUGUUCCACCACCAAUGGCAAGUUUUGAGAUAGUAACAGAAUCCAACAUCCAUUCAAUACAGUUUGCUCCACACUACAUGGAAGAAACUGGUCACAGUGUUAAUACUAAUGCAUUUUUUAUAAUAAUAGAAAAAAAAUUAAUAUUUUUUGAACAUGUUCAAAAACUACCUCUGCGCUACCAAAUUUUAAAGUCUUUAGAUAUGGACAUGUAUAAUUUUCCUUUUGAAUAUUACAAUUGGUAUUGGUUAAGACAUGACACUAUAGUUGCUAUAAAAGUUGAUGAACUAAAUUAUUAUUUGGUUGAAUUUUGCAUUUUAAAUAAUACUCUUUCUCAAAAACAUAUAACAUGUUUACCUUCAGCUGUUGUAAAACUCCACAGUCACCCACAUGAUCCAUUCAUAUUGUUUUUGCAAUUAAUAUCUGGUGAUAUUAUAAAAUACAGUAUGGGACAAAUUACAAGUAUGCAAGAUAUUUCUUUUAAAACUCCAUGCCCAAAAUUUGAAGUGGUAUCAAUAAACAGUAGUUUACAAUUUUUAGGUCUAUCACACAGAGGAAAUUUGUAUAUAAAUGAUAGAAUAGUUUUAAAUAAUGUUAGUUCAUACUUUGUGCAUACGAGUUUUCUUCUUAUAACAACAUUGCAGCAUAUGCUCCUAUGUACAGAAUUAUCAGAAUCAGGCAUGGAGGCUAUUUUAGAAUACCAAAAAAAUGGUUCAUUAAAAAUUUACAAAAGAAAAAUUGAAAGGGGGGCUAAGUUAAUUAUAGCUGUGCCAAAUGCAACAAAUACCAUUUUUCAAAUGCCAAGAGGAAAUUUGGAAACAAUUCAACCUCGACCUUUGUCCCUAAAGAUAAUUGGAGAAUUACUUGAUUCUCUGCAUUAUGAAAAAGCGUUCGAUUUAAUGAGGAAACAACGAAUCAAUCUUAAUUUAAUACAUGACCAUAACCCUAAAUUAUUCUUAAGCAACAUAGAUAAAUUCUUAGACUCUAUUCAAAACAAUUCUUGGCUUUGCCUUUUUUUAUCUGAUUUGGAAAAUUCAGAUGUCACAAAAACAAUGUAUUCAAGUAGUUACGCAAACGAAAAAAAUACAAAUGAAAAUACUAAUAAAGUUGAGAAAAUAUGUGAUGUUAUACAAACAUAUAUUAAUAAAAGAAUUGACAGAGAUGAGAAAAUACUACCAUUAUUAACAACAUACAUAAAGAAAAAUACCAUUGAAGAUCUAGAAAAUGCAUUAUUACUUAUUAAACAAAUUAAAACAGAAGAAACGAAGAGUAUGAAAUUACCUGUAGGAUCUGAUGAAGCUAUAAAAUUUUUAUUAUACAUGGUUAAUGUUGAUCAACUAUUUAACGUUGCUCUUGGAAUGUAUGAUUUUGAUUUAGUACUACUUGUUGCCAAUAAAUCUCAAAAAGAUCCUAAGGAAUAUAUCCCAAUGCUUAAUGAGUUGAAUGGAAUGGAUGAAAAUUAUAAAAAGUUUAAUAUAAACAAACAUCUGAAAAGAUUUGACAAGUCAGUAAAAUAUCUUGCAAAUUGCGGGGUUGAAAAACACGAGGAAUUAAAAACUUUCGUUAAGUAUCAUAGUCUUUAUAGGGAAGCAUUAGUGUUGUUUAAUGCUGAUGAAGAUAUAUAUAAACAAAUAUCUGAUGACUAUGGUCUUUAUUUAAAAUUGAAAAAGGAAUUUUUAGAAGCUGGGAUAGUAUAUGAAAGAGCUAAAAAUUAUACAAAAGCUGUGGAAUGUUAUAAAGAUGCUUUAGAAUGGGAGUUAGCAAUAAGUAUAGCAAAACAAAUGUCUAAAGAUCAGUAUGAACAACUAUGUAGGGACCUUGUAAAUGCAUUGAAAGAUGAGAAACGGCAUACAGAAGCUUUAACUAUUUUGGAACAAUACUUGCAGAGUACUGAAGGUGCAAUCUAUUAUGCAAUUGAAAAUAGUCAAUAUAAAGCAGCAUUAAGGCUGUGUUCAAUUUAUAACAGACCAGAUUUAAGAAGUGAUUGCUUACUGCCUGCGUUGUUAGAAGAAUUUAAAAACCUUUGUGAACUAAUUGAAAAAAAUUAUAAUGAUUUUGUUAAAUAUAGGUCACGCUUGUUAGAAUUGAGAGAAAAUAAACAAAAUAAUAAGGUGGACCACAUUUAUGAAGCUUUUAAUACGAACAAGGAUGAUGACUUGUAUUCAGAUACUGGGAGUACUUUAGCUUCCUCAUCUGGCUCUGGGAGAUCGUAUAGGUCAAGUAAAAAUAGAAGGAAACAUCAAAGAAAAGUUGCAUCGUUAAAGGAAGGAUCCCAAUAUGAAGAUGUAGCCCUUAUAAUGACUCUGCAUAGUUUGAUUACAUCAUCUAGUAACUUAAGGUUGCACAUAAAAGAUAUAAAUAUUGCCUUAUAUUGUUUAAACCAAGAUAAUCUGGCUUCGCAGUUACAGAAUAAUAUGGAUAAGUUGAUAAAAGAAAUGAAAGAUAAUUUGAAAACGAUCUGGACCAAUGAUUUAGUUCUACAAGCUACUAAAGCUGCAAUUGAAGCCGAAAAUUUGCCUGAAGGUUCAAAUAUUAUAGCUGACAGCUUAUCUUUCCUUGAACCCCAAGUAAGGAUAGCUCCGAUUAUCCAAGAUGUUAAUUGGAAACUAGAAGGUCUCAGUUAG